GUUGUCAGACUUGCUUGUCAUAUGAGCUCUGUAAAGGCAAAACAAAUAAGAUUAAUUUUAUCUUGAGGGUGAAAUCAACAUUUAUCUUCCAUUGCAUUAAACAGGCUAAAUGCUCUCCCGUUUAUUAAAAGAACACCAAACUAAACAAAACGAAAGGAAAGAGUUACAAGGUAUGUGCAAUUAUUAAAAAUAAAUAUAAAGCAACAUCUUUAUUUGUGGUUUUUAUAGUGCAAGUAAUGGAGUUAAAACCCUGAUGUAAAUAUUAUAUUAUAUAAAUAAUUUUUCUGCAUUAAUUUUGUCACUUUUUGUGUACAUUAUGAAGGGAAAAGUACGGAAGCCCUGAACCGCAAGGUGAAAAAAAAAAAAAAAACGUGACAUUUUUUUUUCUCUUCAAAUUUUUUUUUUCUCUUGCAUUACAUUAUAAUGCAAAUGCAUUAGUAAUUACAAAUGAACAUAAUUAAUACAUUUAUUGAUAACAAUUCAUAAAAUAAAUAAAGCAUUACAUUUUGUGGAAUUAUAAUACAUUUUGCCAUAUAUUAAUAAAUGUAUUGACUUUUUAAAUGGUAAUAAAGUGGUUUUAUUGGGUGCAGAGAGGCGGAGGCAAGAGGCCAUAGCAGCUACAACAUGUUUAUCAGAGGCUUUGGUGGACAAUCUUAAUGUCGGGUGAUUUUCUGAUACAGCUGAGCAUUGUUCUCGCAACAUGAAAAAUGGAAACAUGUUUAAUGCAUGGUUAUUUUGCAUCAACAUUAGAUCUUUGUUUUGUUGUCCUGUUAAUAUUUUCUUUCAGGGUGGCGCAGGCCUAGCUGGACCAUGAGGGGAAGACUUUUCUGGCGCAGGCCAGUCACUUUGCCAAGCAGACGGCCCAGUGGAUCGGCAUGGUGGAGAACUUCAACCAGACCUUAAAGAUACACCGCCUUAAAUAUAAGAGUUAUAAGCCAGGUUCAUCUUGAUUACUAAAUUAGAGGCGGUACUAAUCCAAACUGCCAUUUAUUACCCUUUUGUUGGAGACAUUUUUUCAGGAAAUUGGAGAAGUGGAAAACUGGGCGAGAAGUAUCGAGAUGGACACGAGGACAAUCGCGACAGCUUUGGAGUAUGUGCACAAAGGCCCAGUUCAGCCUGCGACCUCCUGAACAAACUUUACUUGUGGAAAUCCGAAAUGGACAGAAGGACAGUUUUUAUUUAAUACAUUUCCGUCUCAUUUAUAUUGGCAAAGAACUGCUAAAACAGCUGUUUGUUUCUGAAAUACUGGUUUGUUUUUAUGUUAGUUUUCUAGAAUAUGAUUGUGACAAGGAAGAGGGUGUGGCCGGGCCAUGAUGGUGCACGGCCGGUGCUGAAUCAGCUGAUCGGCGAGAGAGCUAGAUAAAGGGGAGCCAAGGACGCCAGUUCAAGUGAGAGAGAGAGAGAGAGAGAGAGAGAGAGAGAGAGACGCCCGCUGAAGAAGGGGAGGAGCGGUUCUGUCUGCCAGGUACCGGAGGGCUCGCUGCCAUCUGCAGGGGAGGAGUAAGCUGACGUCCACCAGGGGCUGUAGGUCUCGCUGUUGUCCACUGGGGAGGAGCAAGCUGGCGUCCGCCAGGGGCCGGAGGACUCGCUGCCAUCUGCCGGAGGAGGAGCUCUCUCUCUCUUUGUGUCUGCGCUCGCCCUUUCCCUCUCCCCACACCUCCCCUCAUUUUCCCCCCAGGUUCAAAGGAGACGGGGUGAACCACCAGCUAGAAAGGCCGGAAGGGCAGCGUCUCCCCUCCAGAGAUAAGGGGGGGAGUUAAUCAGACCGGUGGUGCCCCAGCCUAAAUCGGGCAGGGAAGGAGUGUGACAAGGAAGAGGGCGUGGCCAGGCCGUGAUUCAGCUGAUCAGCGGGAGAGCAAGAUAAAGGGAAGCCGGGGACGGCAGGUCGAGAGAGAGAGACGCACAUGGCCUCGUUGCAUAGGAUCAGCUUUAGGGAUAAACCUCAGAGGCAGUCCCACUUCAAAUCACUUGCCAAAUACACUCAGAACCUGCAGCUCCAACUCCAAGAAGGGAAAAAGCUCUUUACAAAACAUCUUCGCAAAGUCAGUCAUGGAGGCAGAAACGAUGUACGAGUACUUAAGAAAUGAUUUCACACUGACAUAUGGCUUGGGAGCAUUUGUGCUGCUGUGGGCUCUUAUUUGGUACUACCGGGACAAUCUGGAGGUCAACAAGGUCACGGAGAAACAUGUCUUUGUGACUGGUUGUGACUCUGGUUUUGGACACCUACUUUGCAAACAUCUCGACAAACGCGGUUUCCGCGUCCUGGCUGGGUGUCUCACGGAAAAGGGGGCAGAUGAUCUGAAAAGGGCGACGGGACCGUUCCUGAAGACCUGCAUACUGGACGUGUCCAGCACUACCAGCAUUGAGAAAGCUGUGGAAUGGACCAAAACAGAAGUUGGAGAUAAAGGACUCUGGGGUCUGGUGAACAAUGCUGGGCGUUCUCUUCCCAUGGGUCCCUCUGAGUGGAUGAAAAUCGAGGACUUCCAAAGCACCCUCAAAGUCAACAUGAUUGGUGUGAUUGAGAUGACCAUGAACUUCCUGCCUCUUGUCAAAAAGGCUCGUGGGCGAGUGGUUAAUGUGGCAUCCGUGCUGGGCAGAGUAGCAGCUAACGGCGGCGGCUACUGCAUCUCAAAGUUUGGGGUGGAGAGUUUCUCCGACUGUCUCAGGAGGGAUAUCCAGUAUUUUGGGGUCAACGUGUGCAUAAUCGAACCAGGAUUCUUCAAGACGCAGGUGACCAGUCUGGAACCCAUUGAGAGGGAACUGCACCGCCUCUGGAAUCAACUGACUCCUGAAGUCAAGGAGAGUUACGGAGAUAAAUACCUGGAUAAAUACAUCAAUAUCCAGAGACUAAUCAUGAAUACCAUAUGCGACUCUGACCUCAGCAAAGUGACCAACUGCAUGGAGCACGCCCUGCUGGCAGUCCACCCAAGAACACGCUACAGUGCAGGCUGGGAUGCCAAGCUCUUAUGGAUCCCCCUGUCUUAUAUGCCCGCUUGCUUUGUAGACAUUGCCUUAAAGCUGGUGAUGCCAAAGCCGGCCAAAGGCGUAUAGAUUUAGAUUGCUGGUAAAAUAAUUUUGGACUUGAUUCCAUUAACUGAUUUUAUUCCUGUUUUCACUUUUGGCUUUUGUUCUCUUCUUAUGGAACUGGAUGAUGUUCCAUUUCAGGAUAUUAUGGUUGCCUAGUUUGGGAUUAGUUGAAUUAGGUUAGUGGGUGUUGAAGUGUUUUCUACUCAGAUAGCACACAUACAUCUCCGAGAUGUCUGUUUUAGUUAUUUUUAUCUGAAAAGCAUCAUAAUCGAAUUAACAUCUGCUAAAUAUCGAAAAAAGAUCAGAUUAACAAACGUUCUAAAUCAUCUGAUGAAUGUCUUAUUGACGUCAUAUAGACGCAUUGCAGAUGAGUAAACAAUGUAAACACUUCAUAUUCCAGAUGUAAACAAACACAUCGAAUACACAUCUGGGCAAUCUCUGUGUGCAAUCAGGGUAGUGUUUGCAAAGACUUUAAUAUGUUUGCAAAUUGUAGUGUUUUAAAGACUAAGCAAAGAUAUUUCAGUACUGUUAAUAUGGACACUAAUAAUGUUGGAUAUAUAUGUGAAAUGAAACAACAACAAGUUACAUUUAUAUAGCGCUUUUCUCAAACUCAAAGCGCUUUACAUAGUAUAGGGGGAAUCUCCUCAACCACCACCAGUGUGCAGCAUCCACCUGGAUGAUGCGACGGCAGCCAUAGUGCGCCAGAACGCCCACCACACACCACACACCAGCUAUUGGUGGAGAGGAGAUGGUAGAGUGAUGUAGCCAAUUCAGGGAUGGAGAUUAUUAGGAGGCCAUGAUAGAUAGGGGCCAA